AUGUUUGGAGGUCACAAAACACAAAAGCGAGGCAAUCUCCAUCGACUCUUGGAGAGCGCUUCCUCGUCGGGCAGCAAAACGAAAUGGAACCAAGUCUUGCACUAUUUACAGGGCCAUACGGCUCGCAACAAGGAUGCUCCAACCCCGCCCUUUGAUUCUCCCAUUCCGCCCUAUUCUUGUCCCACAGUCGACCUAGAAGAUCAAAUUCUCGACGAAGACGAAUUGCCGUUGAUUGUGGCGGUUCAAUCGGCGCCCUCGUACGUAGUGGCCGCCCUUUGUCACUUGGGCCCAGAAGCCACGGGGAUUGCAGAUGAACACGAUCGAUUGCCCUUGCAUUGGGUGUGUACACGAGAUUCGGAGGAUGCGGAAACGAACCAGGUGAUUCAGAUUUUGGUGGAAUGCAAUCCCGAUGCUUUGUUGCAGCGGGACGAUUGUGGAAGAACGCCCUUGCAUUGGCUAUUAUGGCAUCAUGCACCGACUCGACAAGUUCGGAUUGUAGAGUUCAUGUGUCAGAAUCAUCCUUCCAAGAUGUUGAGGGAGCUAGAACAACCCGUGGCGGGUGAUUUGCCAAGAAUUCCGAAUCCCAGCAAAUCCAAGGAGAUUCCUCCCAGUGCAAUCAUUAUUCCCGAUGGUGAACAUGGAGCACUCCCAUUGCAUUACGCGGUCAUGCAAGGUGCUUCCAGAGAAGUGUUAAAGAGAAUGAUUGCCAUUUACCCUGCAUCAGUUGCCCGAGUGGAUCGAAAACAUAGGACACCACUGGCUUGGUACCUUGGAGCUGGAUCGCUUUUGGAAAAGUCAAAACAUGUCAGCGGAGAAAAGCUGGAUGAAAAUGGCACUCCUUGGUGGGAACACAAGCUAUCAACUUCUAACAUUCAACUAUUGGCAACGAGCAAAGUGGCUCGUUCGGUUGACUGGAUGGGUCGGACUCCUCUUCAUUGGGCCAGCCAUUUUUAUGCACGAGGAGCCGCUGCUGGAUUGACUGGUUCCUACAUUUCAGCGAAAGCCUUUCAAAUUUUGAUUGAUACCAAUAUUGAGGCAUUGACAGUCAUAGAUGCCAAUGGUCGAACUCCGCUCCAUGUUUUGUUUGCAUCCUUUUUCAGGCCGAAAGAAGAAGCUUUUCAGAUCAAGAUGGCGCAAGGUCAUCUAGACACGCAUGUUGACCUUUACAAUGGAGGUCCCGAGCCGUUCAACCCACCUACAGAAAUCGUCGAGCUGCUUGCCCGGUCUCCAGACGAGGAUACAGGUGAAGAAGAUGCCUGUCAUGUUGAAGACGAGAAGGGAUACAUGCCAAUCCAUUUGGCACUACGAGCCGGAACCGCACCACAUAUUUCCAAGCUUUUGAUUCAUCUCAAUUCUACUAGCCUCAUUCACCGAAGUGAAGACAAAAUUCGAACCCCGCUGGCGGAUGCAUUUUCGUCACCUUUCAGUGCUCCACUCCAGUCUUGCGAGACUUUUGAAAUGUUAAUGGCUUCCUACCAGACCGCCCAUCCUGGAGUUCUAAUGGACGGUCGAUUGGCUUUGAAGAUGGAAGAUCAGAAGGGCACUUAUCCAAUUCAUCAUGCCGUCCUUAACAAUGCAUCCGUUGAAACCAUUCGAAUGUUUGUGAAAAAGUUUCCUCGAGGUGCUUUGUUGCGUGACCGAAGCGGGGACUUGCCAAUUCACUGCAUGUUGUCAAAGGAACAUUUGUUUGAGGCGCCUGAAAGAAGUCUCAUUCAAGGUACUUCGUUUGUCAUGCAACCUGGAUUACGAAGUAAACGUGAAAUCGACCACUACAAGAAAAUGAAGCAAGGUCAAUUGGAGAAAAUGAGAAUCCUAAUGGAACCUUUGCUCGAGCCAGAUUCUUUGAAAAUAGCCUGUCAAACGCAUGGAAUGACGCCCCUUCAUAUCGCAAUAGGUUUUGACCUACUGGGAUACAAUGAUCUUCAUGCAAUGUUGGACAGGUGCCCCGAAGCAGCAAGUGUCAGGUCAAAGACCGAGGGCCAUGAAUUGUACUGUUUGGAUCUACACGAAAAGCUACGAGAGAACAACGCUGAGAAAAGUGACGAAUGGAAAGUGAAAAAGGAACUCCUUUUUGCCUUCCACCCACAACUCAAGUCCUAUCGACGGGACAAGGAUGUUCUUGCAUCUUGUGUCCAGCUGAUUCGCGAUGAGAUUACUGGAAAGGGCAGCUACCAUUUGCAAGAAAUGAAGAAACGACAGCAAAGCGCUAAAUCAUUGAUCGAUCUCACCGAUAACCUGUCUUCAGUCAUGGCGCCCAAAGCUAAUAAACCAAAGUCGACUAAAGUUUCGAAAUCUGUUGUUGAUAUAACGCCCAGCGCUGGAAUAUUCCUAAAGACAUUGACAAUGGGCUCCUCGCUUUCUUUUGGCAAGGCUGGAAAAGCCAAAAAGAAACCAAAAGCAAAGAAAAACCCAUCCUUGUUGACUUCAAUAUAUGACGAGGACGAGAUUGAUAAGGAAUACGUCUUGAGUCCACAGGGAUCUGACCUUGAUGACGAGGAUGACUUCCUCUCUCCAAGGGCUGGGGAUUUCAGCGAUGCCUUUACUUCCGCUGCGCAGGCUGUUGGAUCGGAAGGACCAAGCAAGUCUGCAAGUGCAGAUUCAGAGGCUGACGCAUUUGACAAGCAAGAAGGCGUCUCUCCCAGCGACAAUGGCACUGGCUCUUCUUUCUUGAGUGACGUUGCUCAUAGAUUAUGGUGCUUUUUCGUUCUAUACAGAAAUCCAAUGAAACCAGAUGACAACUAUUGCAAACAAGUUGAAACGAUUCUUGAUGGACUAGAAUUUGACCUUGCAGACCGCAUGCUUACGAUGACACUUCCAGAAUUUGCAAGAGUAUAUUUGGAUGACGGCACCCAACUUGAAGAAGAAGCAACUCUUUGCGACGUUGCCAAUCCCUUCUGUAAGGCAUUCUUUCAUAGCAUCUAUCACUUCCUUGGCCGAUUCGAGUUCUCCACAACUUCAGAUGAGAUAUUGAUUCACCGAAGUAGUGACGGCGAUACUAUCUGGGUUCGAGCGACGGAGCACAUUUCGUCAACUGCAGAAUACAAGAAAGAGGAGUUGGCUCCCGGGAUUGCCGAAGCAUCUAUCUGGGAGACUGGUCAGAUGGUUGAAGAAGAAACUCCAGUUAUACCCGAGUUUGUUGAAUCCACAGCUGACAUCUGUUUCAAAUUUACUCGAAAUCAGGCUGCGUUUGAAAAUGAAACGGAGUGCCGGAACGCACUGAGCGAAACCUUAAACGAAGGUCACAUUCUACCUACUUUCGGUAUCUAUAAUGCGCUUGGUGAUUCCAACACGGAUAGACGGUAUCAGAUGGACACACACGAUAAACGUUUCCAAACUCUUGUUCUGGCAGAUGGAAAGAGUAUCAAGUUAUCUGACUAUUCAUUUGCUCUUGUCUUCCCAUACGACAAGCAUGACGAUCUCUUCGAUUUCGUCCGCCACCAUGGUCUGACGAAAGCGGAGGAAGUCACGGAACUAGUUAUUGACAUCACCAAGGCUCUGUGUUCCAUUCAUGAGGAGGGUGGAAGUAUUGGGAGCUUCUCCGCCCGCGAGAUUAGGAAGAUUGCCACUGCUUCUGGACGAAAAGCCUGGGGAUUCUCCAACCUCUCGAAUGGGUGUUUACAAAGCGAUUCUGCUCCUUACAUGGGGAGAAUUGCAGCGAAUGGGAACCCUCUUUUCAAAACUGGCCUCAUGCCCCCUGAGAUGUUUGUUAAGGUGACGCCAGCAGAAUUGAGAAUUUAUCAAAAUUACUGGUCGGGCGUCGAAAGGACCUUCAACAUCUCAGUUGACAAGAGUGUUAUUGAGCCCUACACCACGGAAGAUGGCAACAACUAUGUGCUACGAUGCCACUAUGUUCCAGAAGAAGAUCAGGACAGCAAAUUACCCGAGCUUCCAUAUGACUUGAUUCGACAAAGCACAUCAUCCGAUAUGUGGUGUUUCGGACUAGUUCUGUAUACUCUUUGUAGCGGUGGUCGUGCUUUGUUACCUUCGAAUUUUAGAACAGGCCAUUUGCUUGACUUUGAGCGAAUAAUUGGUUGGGGCGAUCAAAAUUCUGUCUCCACUGUUUAUGAACAUGUAAAGGAGCCUCUCGCCCAAGAUCUAAUUCUCAAGUUGCUCUCAUCGGAUAAAGAAAGAAGUGCUUUGACAAUGAAAGAUCUAGUCGCACACCCAUUCUUGAACAAAGCUACACCCGGUGGCGAAAGAAUUGUAAAGAAGCGACAGCAAGAGAAAGCUGUCUUCGAUCGCCGCAAGCGCACAGUAGCGAAUGAAAAGUCAGAAGCUGGCUGGCUCCAGAGCAAGACAACUCAAGUCGUUUGUUGGGACUUUGAUGUGCUGAAAAAGAUGCAUAUUUCAUGCUCUGCUCUUGUCCAAUCGCAACUGAAUGCACCAAGAAUGCCAUGCAGUUUCAUUCUUUUACCAUACUUGCUAUCAACAAAGAAUAAGAAGGCAAGGCUAGCCCCGAAAUCGAAGAUUGACGUUGAGAGAUCAGAGCAAAUGGGCGUCCUUCUGCUAUCUCUUUUCAAGGGAUGCCAGUUUGCUACCAUUGCGCGAGAUGUGAUAGUCACCAACAACGGUGAGCACUGGACGGCAUCCAAACUGAUCGAAUUAAUGACACUGCCUGAUGGCAGCAAUUUUGAAGAAUGCAAGGACAUGCUGGUGAUGAUCGGAGCUGAGAACGUUGAAGCUUUCCGUACUGAACCGAUGACCAUCUUGUACAAACUUGUUGGCAGAUAUGUUCAAAACAUGAUGGAAUGCUUUCAAAAAUCUGGAAAGGCGUUCUUUUACUUUGUUGAUGAGUACACUGGCACUCCAAUCGUUGCUGAUUCUUCAUCACCAUACCCAAUGGAGCUUCAAACUCGAAAGACUGAUGCUAUGGUAUCCAUGAUGCUGCCAUUUAUGUUUAGCUCUAUGUUUUCUGCCUGUGUCACGCAUGGGGGUGUAUCUGGUUUGGUACGGUUGAUAUUUGAAGCCGCAUAUCCCCAUGUUCCUGCUUCCUGGGCAAAAGCAGGUGAAGGAAUAUCUCAUGGCCUUGAGGUUGACACGUUUGAGAGUCAAAUGUCUAUUCUGCAGGAUACCCUCGCCUUUCUUUCAUCAUCAAGAAAAAUGCAGCUUGAGGAUAAUCUCCAUGUCGUGCGUGAGAUGUGCUUGAAGUGUGACAAUCGGGCGUCAUUCGGUGGUAUGCAACGGAUCGAGUGCUCUGGUUCCUCAUUCUGGACCUCCAAGGAGAGUGCCGCAGCAAUUGAAGAGAUUUGUCGCACGCACACAUUCAAGGAUGCCAUGGAGACAAGAAAGAAGCUUGAAAAGCAGGUAAAGUUCCAAGCCAAGAAAAUCAAGCAAUUGGACCAGGAAAUUAAGCUGAACUCGAUGGAAGAUUGCAUGGGCUUUGACGAGGAAGAAAAAGAGCAGAACCCGAAUAUUUUGAACAGAAUUCAAGUUCCCCUUCGAUAG